AUGUUUCCCCUCGACCAGAUCAAGGCCAUCGCCACCAUCGUCUCUGACUCGGGCGACUUUGAAAGCCCACAUCUGAUUGAUGAUGCUAUUGCCUAUGCUUUGAAAACGGUAUGCUCAAUCGAGAAGCAGACAGAUUCCGCACUGAACAAAUUACUGAUCAAUUUCCGAGCCGAGAUUCUCAAGGCCGUGCCGUGGCGCGCUAAGGGAAUUAUCAGCCUCUACCAUGAUGCCGAAAUCGGUAAGGAUAGGGUCUUGAUUAAGAUCGCGUCCACUUGGGAGGGUAUCCAGGCUGCCAAGCACCUCGAGUCCGUCGAAGGAAUCCACUGCAACCUGACACUCUUAUUCUCGUUUGUUCGAACCUGGAGAGACGAACUAAGCCCAUUGCGUCAGACUACCGGGGGGGGAAGAGGAGGGAAAGACCCUGGUGUAAUUUCAGUCACAAAAAUCUUUAACAAUUACAGGCAUAUCGGCUACAAGACCAUUACCUCCUUCCGCAAUAUCGAGGAGAUUGAGGAGUUGGCCGGCUUGCGACUUUUUGACCAUCUUGAGAUGCAAAAGUCCAACAAGAAGAUCGACCGCAAACUAAGUACGGAGAUCGCAAAGGCCUCAACAACAGAGCAGCAACCCAAGGUGUCCUUCGACGAGCCGUCCUUCCGAUGGGUACUGAACGAGGACCCCAUGGCGGUCGAGAAACUCGCAGAAGGGAUUCGUAAGUUUACAGCCGAUGCAAUCAAAAUCAAGAAGCAUCUCUCUGACAAGCUGUCCCAGUAA